GCGCCGGGAGGCUGAUGCAGUACAAAGCUGGUAGGGCUGGUGCUGAUGCAGGAUGGCUGAGCUCUGAUUCAUGCUGAUCGGAUGGUACCAGGGACUGAGUGUGAUGCUGCCCGGGGCAGGGAGAUGAGCUGCUGAUUGUGCCCAGGCUCUGGAUUGAUGAUUUCCCGUUAGACUGGGGGUGGGGGGAUCGGAGCUGGUUCUUAUCGGAGCCCCUGGAAGGAGUCGCUAUGGCAGAUCCAGCCGAGUGCAGCAUUAAAGUCAUGUGCCGCUUUCGGCCACUCAACAAAGCGGAGAUCCAGAGGGGAGAUAAAUUCAUCCCGGUGUUUAAGGGAGACGAUACCAUCGUGAUCGGGCAAUCCAAGCCCUAUGUGUUCGAUAAGGUGUUCACUUCCAACACUACCCAGGAUCACGUGUAUAGUGCCUGUGCCAAGCAGAUUGUCAAAGAUGUGUUGGACGGUUACAAUGGAACUAUCUUUGCCUAUGGACAAACCUCCUCAGGAAAAACACACACCAUGGAGGGGAAGCUGCACGACCCUCAGGGAAUGGGGAUAAUUCCAAGAAUUGCACAUGACAUCUUUGAUCACAUCUAUUCCAUGGAUGAAAACCUAGAGUUCCACAUCAAGGUGUCUUACUUUGAAAUUUAUUUGGACAAAAUAAGGGACUUGUUGGAUGUGUCCAAAACAAACCUUGCUGUCCAUGAAGAUAAAAACAGGGUUCCGUUUGUCAAGGGUUGUACAGAAAGAUUUGUAUCCAGCCCAGAGGAGGUGAUGGAUGUAAUUGAUGAAGGAAAGGCAAAUAGACAUGUUGCAGUUACAAAUAUGAACGAGCACAGCUCCAGAAGCCACAGUAUUUUCUUAAUAAAUAUCAAACAGGAGAAUGUUGAGACAGAGAAAAAACUUAGCGGAAAGCUCUACUUGGUGGAUUUAGCCGGGAGUGAAAAGGUCAGCAAGACUGGAGCUGAGGGAGCCGUGUUGGAUGAAGCGAAAAACAUCAAUAAGUCUCUAUCUGCUUUGGGGAACGUAAUCUCCGCUUUAGCUGAAGGAACUAAAUCCCACGUCCCAUACAGAGACAGUAAAAUGACCCGGAUUCUACAGGAUUCUCUUGGUGGGAACUGCCGAACCACCAUUAUAAUCUGCUGCUCUCCAUCUAUUUUCAAUGAAGCGGAAACAAAGUCAACGCUUAUGUUUGGGCAGAGAGCAAAGACUAUUAAGAACACCGUAUCUGUCAACCUGGAGCUGACAGCAGAGGAAUGGAAGAAGAAAUAUGAGAAAGAGAAGGAUAAAAGCAAAUCUCUUAAGAACAUCAUUCAGCAUCUUGAGAUGGAGCUGAACAGAUGGAGGAAGGGGGAUGCUGUGCCGCUAGAUGAACAGAUAAGUGCUAAGGACCAGAAGACCUUGGAACCAUGUGACAACACCCCAGUUAUUGAUAACGGACUGCUUAGCGCAGGCAACAUCUCAUCCGAGGAGAAGAAGAAAUAUGACGAUGACAUUGCUUCUUUGUAUGGACAACUGGAUGAUAAGGAUGAUGAGAUCAAUCAGCAGAGCCAGCUAGUAGAGAAAAUAAAUCAACAAAUGCUGGAUCAGGAAGAGCUGUUGGUGUCAACAAGAAGAGAUUACGAGAAAAUCCAGGAGGAGCUAACACGCCUUCAAAUUGAAAACGAUGCAGCCAAAGAUGAGGUGAAGGAGGUGCUUCAGGCGUUGGAAGAGCUAGCUGUCAAUUAUGAUCAGAAAUCUCAGGAAGUGGAGGACAAGACAAAGCUCAAUGAACAACUGUCAGAUGAACUGGGCCAAAAAUCAUCCAGCCUGAUUGUCACUCAACGUGAGCUAAAUCAGCUUCAGGAGCUGAGCAACCAUCAGAAGAAACGAGGUACAGAAAUCCUUAAUUUGCUGCUCAAGGACCUUGGAGAAAUAGGAGGGAUUAUCGGCACCAACGAUGUCAAAACACUGGCGGAUGUGAAUGGAGUCAUUGAAGAGGAGUUCACCAUGGCUCGCCUGUACAUUAGCAAGAUGAAGUCAGAAGUCAAGUCGUUGGUGAACCGCAGCAAGCAACUGGAAAGUGCUCAGAUCGAGGCAAACCGGAAAAUUAAUGCCAGUGAGAAAGAACUUGCAGCGUGCCAGCUCCUUAGCUCCCAGCAUGAAGCGAAGAUUAAAUCCUUAACAGAUUACAUGCAGAAUAUGGAUCAGCGGAGGAGGCAGCUGGAAGAAGCCCAGGACUCACUUAAUGAGGAGCUGGCAAGACUCCAUGCCCAAGAUAAAAUGCACAAGGUAUCAUUUCAGGACAAAGAAAAGGAACAUCUGACGAGACUUCAGGAUGCUGAAGAAAUGAAGAAAACUUUGGAGCAGCAAAUGGAAAGCCACAGGGAAGCCCACCAGAAGCAGCUCUCUCGCCUACGUGAUGAGAUUGAAGAGAAGCAGAAGAUGAUCGAUGACUUGAAAGACUUGAACCAGAAGCUGCAGCUCCAGCUGGACAAACUGACGUCCGAUUAUGAGAAGCUGAAGACAGAAGAAGAGCAGAAGGAACAAGACUUGCAGAAGCUUGCGCUUCUGAAUGAGAAAAGGGAACAAUCACGUGAAGACCUUAAAGGACUAGAAGAAACGGUGGCCCGGGAACUCCAGACUCUGCAUAAUCUGCGCAAGCUUUUCAUUCAAGACCUCACACUCCGAGUACAGAAGCGUGUGGAACUGGACAGUGAUAAUGGAGGGGGCAGUGCAGCCCAGAAGCAGAAAAUUUCCUUUCUUGAAAACAACCUUGAGCAGCUCACUAAAGUGCACAAACAGCUGGUACGAGAUAAUGCAGAUCUGCGCUGUGAGCUUCCAAAGCUGGAGAAACGCCUUCGUGCUACAGCUGAGCGAGUUAAGGCCCUGGAGGGUGCAUUGAAGGAAGCCAAAGAGAACGCAAUGAGGGACCGCAAGAGAUACCAGCAGGAGGUGGACCGCAUCAAGGAGGCAGUAAGAGCAAAGAACAUGGCAAGGAGAGCACCCUCUGCCCAGAUUGCCAAGCCAGUGCGCCCUGGACAUUACGCAACAGCCUCUCCAACUGCAGCUCAUUCCAUCCGAGGGGGAGGUGGAUCCACCCAUUCUUCCUACUACCACCAUACAAAAUAAAUGAGAAAGAAGAGCAUUGCUCAGCAUGUGAAGGUACUGCCAUCAUUGUUGCCAUCUUGCUAACCUUACAUGUGUAGCUCGCACCUUGUCCUUCCCACGCUCUUAACAAUCAUUCAACGUCUCCCAAGAUCACAGCAUCAAGUAUAGACGUACCCUUCUCGCCGCCUGUGUGAUGUAACCACGCAUAGCCAUCGGUGUAACUGCACGAGCUCUUGAACAGGUGCUACAAAGAGCUCCUCCCCCUUUUUGUAGACACCAUCGUAUAUAUGAGACUCCACCAUUGCCUUGUUGUGAUGUCAUAGCCUCCCUGGCAGAGUAAGGAUAAUGAAUGUAAUGGGAGAGUGUGCGUGUCAUACCUGUAUAUUAUUUUAUACAUUUACGGAAUGAAGAAAUAGCGCUGCUCCCCACUUUCAGCCAUUUUAUAGUUUUAACAAAAAAUAUAUCCAAAUUCUCUAAUGGAGACUUUUUUCAUAGUCAUUAAAUAGGAUACUUAGUAGUACUUAGAAAUGUCAUUUAAAAAAAGACUCGAUUUGAUCCCUCUUGGCCAGAAAAUGGUAUAAAUAUAAAAAAAAAACAUAUUCCAUGUUCCAUAUUUCCUUCUGGGAUGUCCAGCUUGUUGGACGACAACUCCCAACAUCCUAUCAGACGAUUUAAGGAGUUGUAGUUAAACAGCAGUUGGAGGGUCUUUUCCAGGAGUCUGGGGACUAACUGUCCUGAGGCCUCUCCUGUCUCAUUGCAGCCCUGGAGCCAAUAACUGGAAUUAAGGAGAGAGCUCUAAAAUGUGCUCUUUCUGUGAGAUUGUUGGUGGCCAAUUCCUUCCUGACUCCAAGAUGGCAAUCAAACCAGUCCCUGGAUCAGCUUGUUCUAUGAGCUAUCUUUCAUAAACCUGUAUUCCUUCAUUUGCUAA